UGCAGGCAUAAAGAGUUCAUCAUCAACACCCCAAACCUUGAAUCCCUUUCCAUUACAGAUCCCUCCUUAUCUUGUUUUAGGAUUCAUGAUAUAGUACUCCCCUCACUAAUUCAAGCCAAUUUGUCCAUUGGGAAGUCUAGUUACGUCCAUGAUUUUCAAGUUUCCAAGGACGAAGCUAGCCGAGUGAUGGAAGCUCUCAAAGGAGUUAGAAACGCUAUAGAUCUAACUCUUCCGUUUGGUACUACUUCUGCUCUCAGCUAUUGUUUUGAUGAUGGUGAUAAUUUCCCAAUAUUCCCAUGUUUGCUGGACCUUCAGUUGGGUAUCGAUUAUUGCUUUGGAUGGAAAUUGUUACCCUACUUCUUGGAAAACUCACCUGUUUUGCGAUACAUUUCGUUGUAUAGGGAAAGUGAGACGAAAUAUACUACAGCAAUUGCUGAGGGGAAACAUAAGGAAGCUGAUGAUACAUAUGGUUGGAAACCACCAAAGCAAGUACCAGAGUGUUUAAUGGGCAGGCUUAAGAACAUCGAGGUGAGGAAUCUAUGGAGAAGAAAAGCAGAAUGCGAAGUGGUGAAGUAUUUGUUGGAAAAUGGGAAAGCAUUGGCGAAGAUGAGAAUCAGUUUUGAAGAGGAUGGUAUUAGUGAUGAGAUAGAUGAAGAUACAAUUGAAAACUUUCCAAGGGCUUCUGAAAGUAUGAUAUUGAAGAUUUCCGAUUAAUAAAACUUUUUACUUUUGGCUGAGAAAAAAGAAAUUUCUGGGAGUAUAUACUGUAAAAGUGAAACGUGAUGUGAAGGAUGUAUACAUUUUGCUGCUUUUGUUUUGUUAAUAAUUUCCCAUUGUUACAUUUGUGAUUCUAAGGGCUUUGAACCUCGAUCCAGUGACAUAUGAAUGUACAUAGUAUUAACUUCUUCAUUUCUCAUC